ACACUCGAUCAGUCACCACAUUCGUUGUCUGUUGCAGACGCAAACGUUUCGAAGUAUUUCCGUCUCCUGUCAGUGAAGAGCAUCACAAUGGCCGCCAAGUUGUUCGUAUUGGUCGCUUGCAUCGCGCUGAGCCAUGCCGCCAUGGUGCGCCGCGACGCGCCGCCCGCAAACACUCUCCUACAGGACAUCGAAAAGCACGCCGCAGAGAUCCACAAGACCUUCUCUGAACAACUGAACUCGAUCGCCAACUCGAAGAACACGCAGGAAGUGAACAAGGCCAUCAAGGAUGGCUCUGACUCCGUGCUGCAGCAACUGUCCGCGCUGUCCAGCAGCCUGCAGAGUGCGAUGACCGACGCCAACGCCAAAGCCAAGACCGCGCUGGAGCAGGCGCGCCAGAACCUCGAGAAGACAGCAGAGGACCUCCGCAAGUCACACCCCGACGUGGAGAGACAGGCAGGCGAGCUCCGCACCAAGCUGCAGGCCGCCGUGCAGAACACCGCACAGGAGGUGCAGAAGCUCGCCAAGGAGGUGGCCAGCAACGUCGAAGAGACCAAUGAGAAGCUGGCGCCCAAGCUGAAGGAAGCGUACGAGAACUUCUCCAAGCACGUCGAGGAGGUACAGAAGAAGGUGCACGAGGCCGCCAGCAAGCAGUAAGCCACCACGACCCUGCGCCCCCGCGCCCCUCAUCGACUAGCAUAAUAAACACUUCCCCUACA